AUGUCAUCAACUUCUACACAACAAGUUCGUCCAGUAAUUGAAUGUUUUUGUCAGAUUUUAUCUUUAUAUGGAUUUUCACCAAUUACACCAGAAAUAUUUCGUCUUGCUAAAUUUAAUCAUAAUGAAGCAGUAAGAUUUAAUGAAUUAGUUAAUAUGAUUAAAAGUAAUCUAUUUACAUAUGGUUAUACUUAUGAAAAUUUUUUAUUACUUGAUAAUAAAAUGGAAAAAGGUAGUCAACAAUUACUUAUUUGUCUUGGUUGGCUUAUUUAUCAAAUAAAAUUAAUUGAAAAAUCUAUGGAAAUAUGUUUAAAUUCAGAUUCAAUAUUUGAUUAUGAUGAUACAAGUUCACUUUAUAAAAUAGAUAAAAUUGAACAUAUAAAAUAUUCUUCACAAGAAAAAGAUCUUCCAGGACAAGUAAAACAAGCAAUGCGUCUUAAUUCUAAAUUACGUUUUGGUUUACGUCGUCUUCAUGGACUUGUUAUUGAAAAUGCUAAUUUACAACAUCAAAUACAUGAUUCUCAUAAUAUGUCAUCACUUGAAGCACAUCUUUGUCAACAUCCUCAUCUUUUAUCGCAUUAUAUGAUUGAACUUGAAAAUGAACAUCAAAAAUUAAAUUUAUUUAACUUUUGGAAUCAACAUGAAGAUAUUUUUUGGAAAUGGAUGGAAAGUGUACUUGAUCAAACAACAACAACAACAAUAGAACAAGAUGAAAAUGAAGAUAAAUAUAAACCGUUACGUCAAGUUGAUUGUCAACGUUUAGAAAUUGAAAAACAAAAAUUUAAUGCAGCUAUUGAUACUCUUGAUAAUACACUUGUACGACUUAAACAAUUAUGUUUAAUAAAUAAUAAUGAUCCAUUAAUUGAACAUGAUAUUUCAUCUAUAGUUGCUUCAAUUGAUACAAAAGUAUCAAUACUUUUCAAUCAAUUACUUACUACGAAUUCAUUAUUAUCAAUAAAAUCUAAUUCUAAUCAAUCAUUUUUUCUUCAUAAACCAUAUCGUCUUGUUUAUAGUAAAAAAUCUGAUUCAAAUAAUAAUAAUAAUAAUAAUCAUUUUAUUAAACCAAUUAAUUUUGAAGAUGAAACAAUACAUUUAAAUACAUUACAAAAAAAUAUUGAUCAAAAUAUUGAAAAACAAAAAACAAUACUUGAAACAAUUUCAAAUCAAUUUCAAAAUGUUAUGAUUGUCUAA